GACGCGCAGUGCGGCCGGUGACGCGCAGUGCUGCAUGCGAGAGGAGGCGAGGGGAUCAGAUAUAUAAAUGACGCGCUGACGAUAAAUGGAAUAACUCAUUUUUUUUGUUAACAUACUUUCACCAUUGGAAGAACCUUUCAUACCUUUGGGCAGAGGCUACGGAUAAUUAUAAGGAUUAUUGUAUUAUUAUAGGACGACACUGCCUUACUGGAAACAUCUAUUGUUUUCUCUUAUUUAUUUUUUAUAUUUUUGCCAGUGUUUUUUUGAACCAGUGAAACUUUGGUGCGGCUAUGGCCAAGUGGGGAGAAGGGGACCCCCGCUGGAUAGUAGAGGAGCGGUCCGACGCGACCAACGUGAAUAACUGGCAUUGGACGGAGCGCGAUGUGACGGCUUGGUCCACAGACAAGCUGACGGAGCUCCUGGUGGGCUGUCGGGUAGAGCGGGACGGGGCCAGCUGUCGGCUGACGGAUGUCACCAAGCUGGAGGGAGAGGCCUCCAUCAACAACCGCAAAGGGAAACUCAUCUUCUUCUACGAGUGGGUGAUCAAAGCCUCCUGGAUGGGAACUACCGCCAUCGGUAUCAAGUACAAAGGCACGCUGGAGGUGGCAAACCUUUCUGAUGAGAACGACAUGGAUGACCUGGACAUCUCGGUGAGUCUGUGUAAAGACGAACCGGUCACGCCUCUCCUCGGGCUGAUGAAGAAGGAGGGGGUGGAGAGGGUCCGCAAAGCUCUGGGAGAAUACGUGACCCUCCUCAAAUCAGCCUUCUCUCAUGGGAUGAUCCUUCCUACGGCGAGCGGACCCGGCCAGCCUCCACCAGCGCCUACGCCCAAACAGGUCACCGCCAGCCGAACUCAGAUCUCCUCCAGUGUGCCGGCCAAAGCUGUGCCCCAGGGCCCCCAGCAGGGGAGCGGCAGUACUGCAGGGGUCAGGAUCUCCACCUGCAGCUUCAGUCUGAAGGAGACGUUCCUCACGUCACCUGAUGAAUUGUACCGCACCUUCAUCAACCAGGAGUUUGUGCAGGUCUUCACCCUCUCAGCGGCCCAGGUGGACGGCUGUCGAGGAGGAAAGUUCCAGAUGUUGGACGGGAACGUGAACGGAGAGUUUUCUGAGCUGAUUCCAGAGGAAAAGAUUGUCAUGAGGUGGAGAUUCAAGACCUGGCCAAGUGAGCACUACGCCACCAUCACUCUGCGUCUGAAGGGCGUGGGGGACGAGACGGAGCUCAGACUGGACUGUAAGGGCGUCCCCUCUGGGGAGGAGGAGCGGACCAAGGAGGGGUGGAGGAGAUACUACUUUAAAGCCAUCAAACAGACCUUCGGCUACUGAGCCUCCCCCUACUGAUGAUCCCGGGGCUCAACAGACUCUCUCUUGAUGUACUACGCAACUGACACCAGGACACAGACACACAGUGUACCAGCACGCUACUGAAACUACAGACAGUCUACUGUCCGGACACAAUAGCACUGCCAGAACACAACACUGAAUGGACAAACUCCUGGAACUCUAUUGACAACAGGUACAAUAGCACUCUACCUAUAAUAUAUUGACACUCUAUUGACUAUCAACACUACCAGCACUACUGACAGCAGGGAAUAUUUGGAUAAGCAGGUCCUAUUUAACUGGUCAGGUUUUACUAGGGAGAUAGCCCUACUGUCCCACUAGUAUGUAGCAUAAUGUACAACCCAGAUUCCAAUGAAGUUGGGACGUUAUGUAAAACAUAAAUAAAA